UAUUUGGAGUAUUCAAAUCUAUCAUACGAAAAUCUGGCAAACAGUCCUUAUAAAUACCAACUUCUUCUGUAGUUAAUUGAGUGUCAACUAGUUCUUGAAAUUUCUACCCAAAAAAGAAAAAGAGAGAGAGAGAAGUCAUUGAAAUAUUGCUAGUAAUUACCAAAUGGCAGCGUGCAAUGGCAAUGGUCCCUUUUGCUCCAAGUUGGAGUUUCAUGCUAUCCAGACUGUGAUGCCAGUCAAGCCAACUGAUCCAAGAAAAUCCACUCGAGUUUGUCUUUCUGAGAAUCCCAUUUCAGGGAUAUUCUCCAGGUGCUUUAACGUUCUUCUGUGCUACCAAAAGGUAGCCUCAGAAGAGGAGGAUUCGGGGAUAGCUUCUGGCUCCCUAGUUGCAGGAUGGAUCAGGGAGUCACUGGGAUGGGCAUUAUCAGAGCAGCCAAUGCUUGCCGGAAGGCUAAGGAGAAAUCAAGAUGUUGAAGGAGAGUUGGAGAUGGUGUCAAAUGAUUCAGGAGUUAGACUGAUUGAGGCACAGCUUGCCAUGACCUUAUCAGAGUUUCUUGAUUUGAAGGAUGAGAAAAAAGCAGAAGCUGAACUUGUCUUUUGGGAGGGUUUGGAUCAUGAACAAAAUCCUCAAUUUUCCCCUUUGUUUUAUGUCCAGGUAACCAGCUUCAAAUGUGGGGGAUACUCUAUUGGGAUUAGUUGCAGCCUUCUUCUGGUUGAUCCUGUUGCUAUGACAAGUUUUUUGAAGAGAUGGAGAGAUAUUCACGUUGAAAUGGUUUCAAGAACUGAUGUGCCCAAAAUACCAAUAUUUUACCGACCCAAUCUCAGGAACCCUGGCCCUUUCCCAGGUCUAUCAAUUGGCUCAAGCAAAAAAGCAUAUGCUGCCAAAACUAUGAUCUUCACCAUUGCCAACGAAGUUCUGGAUUUGGACAGUGAAAUCCACAACAAAUUUGCAGCAGCAUGCAUUGACGAGGCAGAGUACAAGCUUGGCUAUAAAACAGCUCCAAGCUUAAAUUUCUCCUUCUUGGUGAAAGAACCAUCAGAAGAAGUUAAUGUAAGAAACUUUACGAGAGGAGGUUUGGUUCAAAAACCAUCCACAACUGUGAAUGGAAUUCACACUUGUUCAACUUGGGAUGACUUAGGGGUUACAGAAAUCUGGUUUGAAGAAGGAAACAGGCCUGCUCAUGUAUCAUGCUGGAUCAACUCUGUGCCUGAUGAAGCUUUGGUCAUGAUUAUUCCAUCUCCAGAAAAAGAUGGCUCAGGAAUGAAAAUUGUAGUUACACUUCCCCAUUAAAGAUUUUUCUUAUAGCUUCCCUGAUGCUUUUUAAUAUUAAGAGUUUAAUAGAUCUUUUGAUUAUGUAUUGAAUGAGUCAGUCAUAAACACUGGACUUGUUUCUUCUACAUGGAUCAUCUUAUAGUUGUUACACUUCUUUUAUUAAA